AUGGCCUUGACCGACAAUGAAGACGGCGUCUUGCCCGGGGUCUCGUUAACAAAAGACGACAACAAUGGCCACUCCGAGAAUCCCUCAGCGAAACCCUCAAAGCCCGAUGUGCCAACUCUACCCCCUCGGCCAUCUUUCGAACUCCAUUUCUUGCGCAUUCUCGAACUUUUGCCAGAUGAGAUUCGUCAUCAAGAGCUUAUUCGACCGGUCGCCAGCACUGGGAAGACACGCAUGCGGGAGAUGGGCUUGCGUACCCGCGCCUACAAGACCUAUUUCACCGCUUGGGAAGCACUUCACCUUGAUCAUGAGGAUGAAACCUACAUCCACAACGACAUCCCACAAUACCUGCGUCAACACCAUCCCGGCGGUCUAGGCGGGUUGAGUCUCGCGCAAACCCUUCGCUCCUACGAGGGGUUUCGUGCCUUUAUCAUCGAGAUGGCAGAGCUACUGUUUCCCUGGACGAUGCCCUAUUUCGGAGAUCAUAUGAGCUUACACGCACAUAUCAAGAACGGAGGGCGAGGUAUCGUGCUGACUGCAGGCAACGGACAGGCGCCGUAUCUCUUGACGACCAUUUAUUCGUUCCGCAUGCUGGGCUGCACUCUCCCUAUCGAAAUCAUGUAUCUCGGUGACGAGGACCUGGGCCAGGACUACAUUGCAGAGCUGGAGGGCUUGGAUGGCGUUGUGACGCGGGACAUGGCAGUCAUGGUUCGUGACAAUGGGUGGAAGUUGAAGGGAUGGGCGGCCAAGCCAUUUGCAAUCCUGCUCUCAAGCUUUCGGGAAGUGGUGUUUAUUGACGCCGACUCCUUGUUCUUUCGGGACCCCGCCUUGCUAUUUGACGACGACGACUACCGGGAGAAGGGUGCGCUCUUCUUCCGGGACAGACUGUUCCUCCCAGAGAAGAAAGCGCCGUUUUUGCAAGCCAUCCUACAGAAGCCAAUUCCCAAGGCAGCGACCGAGUCAAGGAUGUGGACGGGCGAGUCGGGACACCAGCAGGAGAGCGGAGUGAUAGUCGUGGACAAGAGUAGGCACUUCAUUCCAAUGCUCCUGGUUACUAGGAUGAAUGGACCGGACCGGGAUGGGAACAAGGAGGAAGGGAGGAUUGGAGUCUAUGAGCUGGUUUAUGGCGACAAAGAAACAUUCUGGCUCGGCUGGCUCCUCGCGGGCGACGAAGACUACGCUUUUCACCGGGGCGAAGCCGCCAUCAUGGGUGCCGCUUAUCAGUACGGCGACGGUCUCCCGGAGGAGGUCCGUGAGGAGUGUGAGAAACCGGAGAUCGACCGCGAUGCAAAAAGCUACCCUAUGGAGUGCGAAAUCGCCGACCGCGAUGGCAAGCCGCAAGCCUUGAUCUGCGCCUCGCAGUUGUUGCACCUCGACACUGAAGGAAAGCCUCUCUGGCUUAAUGGUUGGUUGCUUGAAAACAAGUUCAAAGGCCCCGAGAGCGGCUUUGCCAACUUUGAGAGCUACUUGGUGGAGCCUUCUGACGCAAGUUUUCGCAAUCCAGGCAGUUGGAGACUGUACAAGGGCAACAGGUUCUGCAUGCUGGGCGAUGCAGACAGGAAGUUUGACUUUACCCUCGAGGAGACAACAGCGCUGGACAUGAUUGUGGAGCGGGCUAAAGAAGUUAACAGGAGGUGGAGGUGA